UUGACUGAGAUGGUGCAAAAUUAGAGAGACAGAGAGAGAGAGACAGAGGAAACAAGAGGCAGAGACGAGAAGACCGGCAGACUAAACUGUCAUAUCUGUGAGAGGGAGAGAGAGCGGAGAGGCUGAGAAAAAGCUUUUCUGUAAGGAAAUUAAAGCGAGGACAAGGGCUAAUACAGAAAAGGACUGAAGGCAAGCUGAGAACAGAAAGCUGAAAAGAGGACUGGGAGGAGCCGACGCGGUCAAAACGAUGUGAAAAAAGACAAGUCUGCAGGAGUUAUGACUCAUCCCCAGACUUUACAGAAAGGGCAUUUGAUGGAGGAAAACACUGUGGACUACUGUGCUCUCAUGCCUGUCUGUACAUUCCUACACAUUUAAACUGCAGCUGUGCUGAAUCUCCUAUGGAAGGAGCAUCGAUGGUUAACACCCCUGCAGUCAUCAGUCCUUACACAUCAUGACCACAUUUUACUCUUCCUCCUCUUUCACACCAGCUCUUUCAGCCUCAGCAUCGUUUAACUCUUCUUUUUCUGAUUCUACUUCAUCCCUCCCUGCCUCAAUGUUAUCCCUCUUGUCAGCCACCUCUUCUUCUCCCUCUUCAACAAACCAGACUGUAUGUUCAUUUAAUGACACGGCCAUCCGUGUGCCGAUGGCAGUCUGCUACUCCCUCUUCUUCAUCUUUGGGCUUGUGGGUAACCUCUUCGCUCUGUGGGUGUUCCUUUUCGUACAUUCAAGCCGCAACUCAGUGCGGGUGUUCCUCAUCAACUGUGCAGUGGCUGAUCUGGUUCUGCUGGCAUGUCUGCCCUUCAGGGUUUUCUUCCACGCUAACGGAAACCAGUGGGUGCUGGGAUCUGUAGCCUGCAAGUUGGUGGGGAACUUGUUUUACAUGAACAUGUACAUCAGUAUUGCUUUACUGGGCUUCAUCAGCCUGGACAGAUACUUGAGGCUGAAGGGGAAAGGCCGAGCACGUAGAGGCAUGAGGAUGAGGCUGUGGGGGCACAGCAAGCCAUGGAGCUGGGUGGUCUGCGGCGCUUUGUGGAGUGUGUCAUUGAUGGGGGUCGUGCCGAUGAUCGCCACAGCAGAGGACAAAGAGCAGAGUGACACAUGCUUCCAGUUCAAGCAGCGCCUCAAAGUCGGGUGGAAAGCCUACUUCAACGCAGUUCUGGUGUUGCUGUUCUGGCUCGUCUUCACCAUGCUGGUCGUCUCCUACUACAAGAUCGCCUCCCAGUUGCUGCAGGUCUCAAGGGACAAGCCGGACCUUCCUAACGCAAAGAGAUAUGAACGGACUGCCAAGAAGUCCUUCUUUGUCCUUUUUCUUUUCACAGUCUGCUUCGGGCCCUACCACGCGUUUCGGCCCAUUUACAUCCUCGCCCAACUCAGCCAGACAGCAUCGUGUGACUAUUUGCACCUGGUGGAUCGUACCAAUGAGGUGAUGCUGUUGUUCUCCGCCUUUAACAGCUGUUUGGAUCCUGUCAUGUACUUGCUGUUGUCUGGCUCAGUGCGUAAAACCGCCCUCCAAGCACUUGGACACCGAUUUGGCAACCGGUUUCUCUUCUUACACGACGCGACAUCUAACAGCUCUACAACAGAGUUCAGACGGCCGUCUAUGCCGAUGGUUUUACCCGACCCAAACCUCAACACCCCGUCGCUCACCCCGAGAACCAGCAUCUGUGUCAUCACCUCCACCCUCCGUCGCACAGGAGUUACCACACUUCCACCUACUGGUCAACAGUGAUGGCAAGUUUGUCUCGCUGCCAAGUAAGCAUGAAGACUGGAAAACUAAAUAUCUAACAUUUAGACUGGACUGGUUGGCUGAUUGUCUGUCAAACUGAAAAAAAAAACACCUACAGAUACAAACUUCUUUUAUUAAAAAUUAAAUACAUAUGUUUUUCAACCACUGAGAUAUUCUUGCUGUACUUUGUGGCAAUCACUGUUUAAACUUGUAAGAGACAGUUCAGUAAUGUACUUCAGCAACUACUGUGAGAGCAGCUUGUCUAAAAAUACAUUUAACGCUGUAACGUUUCACAAGUAAAUGUGUGGUUUUCUCAUGAUGAAUUGAGUGUGUCUAAACGGAUGUAUUGAAAUAUACACUACUGUUUAAACAUUUGGGGUCACUUAGAAAGGUCCUUAUUUUUGAAAGAAAAGCAGUUUUUUUCAAUGAGGAUUACAAUAAAUUAAUCAGAAAUACAGUCUAGACAUUGUUAAUGUGGUAAACGACUAUUCUAACUGGGAAUUUUUAAUAUCUACAUAGGGGUACAGAGGAACAUUUCCAGCAACCAUCACUCCUGUGUUCUAAUGCUACAUUGUUUUAGCGAAUGGUUUUGAAAGGCUGAUGAUUACAAAACUCUCGUAGCGGGCAACCCAAAACAUCAGCUAUAGUCCCUGACGCAGCGGUCAUGGGUUCGAAUCCAACCCAUGUAUAUUUACUGCAUGUCAUGUCACUCUUCUAUCCAUAUUUCCUGUCUAUCUCUCUCCACUGUCCUAUAUAAUCAAGGCAAAAUGGCCAAAAACAUAACUUAAAAAAAAAGAAAACUCUUGUGCAGUUAUGUUAGGACAUGAAUAAAAGUGUGAAAUUGCCUGGGUGACCCCAAACUUUUGAACAGUAGUCUAUCUGGAUAUAUAAUCAUGCUGUUGUGGAGGGAAAAAAGCCACAAAAACUGACCUACAUACAGCACAAACAGAGUGUUUCCUCCUUCACACAAUGUGCAAAAGACCUCAGUCUUGCAAAAUUAAGUCAAUCACUGUGCAUCUAUCAAGUCAAGUAACAGUAUUUGAUUCUUUCUUAAUUAUUAAAACCACUCAUCCAUCA